UAUAUUUGAUGUACAUAAACUAAGGAUGACUCACGAAAUGACAUCCAUUUUAUUUUUCAAUAAUUUUGUCACAUAAGAAGAUGUCCACACAUAAAUUGUAUAUAAAUAUCUUGGUAUAUUUGAAAAUUGCGAAGAUAUAACAAAACAAUACUCUCUUGAAAAUGUCUUCACCACAGUUGCAAAGCGCCAUGGAGAACCCAACUCUUGAGCUCAAAAUUGUAUCAGCCAGUGAAGUCAACCAUAUCGAUGCCACGGACAAAAUGGACGUAUACGCGGUCGUUUCAAUCAACGGAGACACAACUCAACAGAAACAAGCGGCCAAAACUCCCAUUGAUUACGACGGUGGUUCCAAUCCAACGUGGAAUCACACCGUUAAGUUCUCCGUCAACGAGACAGAAGCCAACGAAGGCCUACUUACUAUUACGGUCAAGCUAUUUAGCUAUUGGCUACAAGGUGAUAGUGACCUUUAUUUGGGAGAAGUCAACAUCUCGGUUCAAGAGCUUCUUGCCUCAAAUCCGAUUCCACCGUUUACUAACGGUAACGUCAACAAAAUGAAGUCAAUGACUUGCCCUAUCAAGGCCACAGAAGAAAGGACCAACGCAAGGCUAAGCCUUUCAUACCGGUUUAAACCUGUACCGGUUGAGGAACCUUAUCCUCCAUCACCGGAUAAUUCGCCAUCGAUCGGUAAACCCGUUUACCGAGACUUGGAUCCAACAAAAUUAGGUCAACCUCUCGUAUUUUCCCCUCGGUUUCAAUCCACCACGGGGAAACUUAUCCUAGAGCUCGUGAUCAAAUUCGCCAAGAAGAUCGAAGAUGUCAACGCCUUCUCGUCCAUGGACGUAUACGCCUCGGUUGCGAUUCUUAAAGACAGAAAAGUUAAGAAUAGGGUCAAUACCCCUGUGGCUUUCUCUGCUUACACAAACCCAACGUGGAAUCAGAAGAUGAAGUUUUCUCUUGAUGAGAAGUCAGCUCAAGAAGGGCGUUUGAUGCUUCUCGUGGAAUUGAUGAGCCACCGGCCUUUUCUUGGUGAUAAGGAAAUUGGAUUUGUCAGACUUCCGAUGCAACAGUUAUUGGGUUCAAAUCCGCCUUAUCCGUUGACCAAUAGUGGUGAUGCUAACGGUAUGAAGUUGGAGACACACGCUUUGACGGGUCCUUAUGGAAAAAAAGGUGUCGUGAGCUUCACGUAUAGGUUUCUUGCAGAUCAAGUUACAAGCCCAACACCAUCCACACCAGGCCAGCCAUAUAUAAUGUAUUUACCGGUAUCGCCUCAGUCAUAUGCGUCAUCGGAUAAGAUUCAGGUGACCUCGAGUUACGUGACUGUUCAACCAGGGGCUAAUUCUGGGACAAGCAAUGGUCUAGUACCAAUAUAUAUGCCGCCUACAUAUCAGUCAAAUGGAUACCAACAAUAUUCACCACGGAAUCCGAAACCGCGACCGCAGUCGCCACCACAACAGUAGCAGCUUCAACCGCUGCGUCUGCAUCCGCUCCCGCAGUAAUUACCGGAUACACAGUCACUGAGUCACAUGGACACCAACAGGCAAAAAUCCUUGGGACCUUCCCUUGAUUGAGAAGAAGCAUGAUGUGUCGCACCCGUGCAACAUUUAAUGCAUGCAAAAUCAAGAUUUCUCAAUUGCUAUUUAUAUUUAUAUGUAUUGGAUAUUUAUCAUUUUCUAUUUUUCCUUCUUAAUUUGCAAGAAAUAGUUUCUUUUUAUUUUGAUUUAA